GACACUCACUGUGUGCGGCGCUGGCGAGCCGCACCACGUUCACAGCACUCAAGAGGCAGAAUGUGGGGCUUACUAUUUUGCGUCACGUUGCUGGCCGUGUCAGUCAGCACGAAGGAGCUUGCUGACAUCCGAGAUAAUGUAGAGCUGCCUCAAGCACAAGAACCAGAUCUAGUUAACUAUGACGAUUACGAUCCCUUCGGUCAAGAUGAGAAUGCCAUCAUUGCUGAAAGAGACUUCCGAGGGCCAACUACCGUAACUCCAGUCAGAUGCGUGGACAUGGGUAGGAUGUGGUCUGAUGGGGACACCUGGAAGAGAGAUAACUGCACUCUGUGUCAGUGCUACAGCGGCCGCGUCAAUUGUUCAGUUCUACCUUCCUGUCUUUCUGUACCAUUAGGACCAUCAACCAGCCGGCCUCCCCCAGUGUUCACAGCAUCUGUGCCCGUUCGAGGAUCGCCUGGUAUACAUGGUGACGAAGGUCCCCCUGGCCCACCCGGAGCGCCUGGGGUCAAUGGAGUGCCUGGUGCCCCAGGUUCACCGGGAUCAAUUGGACCUAUACCUGACGUGAACGCUUAUUUGGCACAGUUAGCAGCUACAGCAGGUGGUGAUAAAGGACCAGCGUUUGACCCUUAUCACUACAUGCAAGCAUCUGUGGGUGCUCCCGGAAUAAGAGGAAUCCCAGGUCCACAAGGCCUACCUGGGCCCCAAGGAUUUCAAGGACCUCGUGGGGAGCCCGGUGAGCCUGGACAACCUGGACCUAUAGGCCCUCCUGGAGAAAGAGGACCACCUGGCGUGCCGGGGAAAGAUGGUGCUUCAGGAGAGGACGGCGAGGCCGGACAACCAGGGACUCCUGGUCAACCAGGUCCUCGAGGUUCUCCAGGUGUCCCCGGAAUUCAGGGCUUAAAAGGGCAUAGAGGCUUUGAUGGAAAAGACGGGGCGAAGGGUGAACAAGGCUUACCUGGAGAGAAAGGCCCAACAGGUUUACCCGGGCCGAUAGGACCAACGGGCCCAGUGGGUCCUACUGGAGCUCGAGGCGAGCGUGGUAGAGAAGGACCUCCAGGCACGCCGGGGAUGAGAGGAACUGACGGUGCACCUGGACCUCCAGGACUUAUAGGUAACAUGGGAAAGCCAGGGUCUCCUGGAUUUCCCGGUGCUCCAGGUAUAAAAGGAGAAACAGGCGUUCAGGGACCUAAAGGAAGUCAAGGUAUGCAGGGCCCAAGAGGAGAAACGGGUAGACCUGGCCAGUCCGGGGAGGCUGGACCACCAGGACUUGCGGGGAGGGACGGCAUUCCUGGGGAAAAGGGAGUACAAGGUCAAGCUGGUUCUGCCGGGCCUCAAGGGUUUCCUGGACCACGAGGUACACCGGGAGUUGCGGGAGAUGCCGGCUUGCCAGGCGCAAAAGGAAUGCCGGGUCAACCAGGAGAUCGUGGUCAAAAAGGAGAAAUGGGAGUAAGAGGAGAGCCAGGUGCUUCAGGCCCUCGUGGACUUCCUGGUACCACUGGACCAGAAGGCAAACGCGGGAAAAGAGGCCUAAGAGGGCCUGCUGGUAAUGUGGGGCCUCAGGGAGAUAGAGGAUUACAGGGCAUGAGAGGUCUUCCUGGAGCAGAUGGACCCAUGGGUGCUAAGGGUCAACCUGGAGAACGAGGCAAUGUUGGUUUACCUGGAUUAAAAGGGAGUUCUGGAGACCCUGGGAGACCAGGUGUACAGGGACUGCAAGGGCCCCGUGGAAUCGUUGGACGUCCUGGUAUCACAGGGAAACCAGGGCCUGUUGGUGAAAGAGGUAUCCCAGGGGCAGAUGGAAGACCUGGUGAGCAAGGUUCACAAGGCCUUCAGGGUGCACCCGGAUUAAUGGGCAGUCCUGGAGAAAGGGGGUUACAGGGUGAACCAGGAAAAGACGGAGAAGUGGGUCAAAUAGGACCACCAGGACCAAAGGGCGACAGUGGACGCGAUGGAAGCCCCGGACCACAGGGGUUGUCUGGACCUGUGGGGGCGACUGGUGAACGAGGCCCAGCUGGUUCUCCAGGCCCUACUGGAUUUCCUGGCAUGCCGGGAGCUGCAGGCUUACCGGGAUCUCCUGGUAAAGAAGGUCAGCCCGGUGCCUCUGGUCCAGCAGGACCUAUUGGACAACCGGGUCCUCGAGGUGAUAGGGGAUUCCCUGGUGAACGAGGUGCUCCUGGAGUACCCGGUACUCCAGGGGAUAAAGGUGAAGCAGGCUCUCAAGGUUCUGAUGGGAUACCAGGUCCAGAGGGUCCUAGAGGCAGCAAAGGUCACCCUGGACCUAUGGGUUCAAUGGGUCUCCCAGGUCCAAGAGGAUUAAGUGGGUCACCGGGUGAAAAGGGUGAGAGAGGAUCACAAGGUCCUCAGGGCAACGAAGGACCGCCUGGUCGUCAAGGAGAGCAGGGACCGCAAGGAUCAGUUGGUCCGGCAGGACCACCAGGAGAGCCCGCUGAAAGAGGUGAACCUGGUACACCAGGCGUGCCUGGAGAGGUAGGAGCUCCUGGAUCCACCGGAGAACGUGGACCGCCAGGGAUGCAGGGUGCACCGGGAAUGUCUGGUCCACCUGGUUUGACUGGAAUGCCUGGUUUAAAAGGAGACAGAGGAUACGCUGGGACGAAAGGUCAACAAGGAUCACCAGGGAGCCCAGGUAUUGCUGGAGAACCAGGUCAAAGAGGGUUACCUGGACAAACCGGGGCAAAGGGUAGCAGAGGAGAGACUGGACAUAAAGGAGAUAUGGGCCGAGCUGGUCUACCAGGAAGACCUGGUGACUUAGGCCCUCAGGGUCCGCAAGGAAGUCCUGGUCCUGUAGGGCCGCCUGGUAUUUCUGGCGCUAAAGGAGCUAAUGGUGAAUCAGGAAGACCUGGCCUGCCUGGUCCUAUAGGUCUAACUGGACCCCAAGGUCCUGAAGGAGGGAAAGGAGAAAGGGGGAGUGAAGGGGAACCUGGUCUUCAAGGUCCAAUAGGUCCACCUGGUCCUAGUGGUGAGAGAGGACCGAGUGGACUACCUGGAUUAGUGGGUGCGCCGGGGCCACAGGGUCUACGCGGUGUGCAGGGUGAAAGUGGUUCUCCAGGAAAACCUGGACAAGACGGCCCUCCGGGUCCUGUAGGUAACCCGGGUCCUCAAGGUACACCCGGCCCAAUGGGAGAACAAGGCCCUGAGGGUCGACCAGGAAAAUUGGGACAGCCGGGUAUUCCGGGACGUCCUGGCGAUAGAGGCCUUAUGGGUCAACCUGGACAGUCAGGAGCCCCGGGCCCGCCGGGAUUGCAGGGCCCAAUAGGUCCUUCUGGUCCACCAGGUCCUAGUGGUGAAAGAGGACCACGAGGAGAAACAGGUCCUGCAGGAGUGGAAGGCCCUCAAGGACCAUCCGGAAAACAAGGUCCACCUGGCUUGGAUGGGGUAAAAGGAGAUCGAGGGGAAGCUGGUGCCGAUGGACCUAAAGGACACGCAGGAUUACCAGGUCUACCAGGACUUGUGGGUACCCCAGGAAGACAGGGUGAAAGAGGCCUGCCAGGCCCUAUGGGUCCACCAGGAAAGGAUGGGGAUACAGGACCAAGAGGAACACCUGGUCGCGACGGUAGUGCCGGGCCCCCCGGACCUGUGGGCCCCGCUGGUCCUCGCGGUUCGAGCGGAGAACCGGGCCGACAUGGACCUACCGGACCCGCGGGACCUCCCGGACCUCCGGGUCCACCCGGGGAAGGACUGGCUUACGAUGCCGCUGCUAUUGCAGCUAUGUUACAACAAGGAUCAAUAAAAGGACCUGAUCCAUUAGGAGACGAUCCUAGCGCUAUCCCACCACGUUUCUUCAAGGACGACAUGCCGCUUGAAGAACGCAAACAAAUUGUGAUGAAAGCCUACGAAAGGCUUAAGGUAUCGCUGGAUAAAUUCCUGAGGCCCGAUGGUUCUAAAGAUGCGCCUGGUAAGACGUGUGGGGAUAUCAAAUACCACCACCCACUUUUGCCGAGCGAUCAAUAUUGGAUAGACCCAAAUGGAGGGGAUUCAAACGACGCCAUAUUAGUCCACUGUGAUAUGACAAACGGUGCUAGUUGCGUGUUCCCGAAACCGAUGGAAUCGAAGGACAUCACUUACCACGGCAGAAAUGAGGCUUGGCUCAGUGAAAUAGAAGAUGGAUUUUCGAUAUCUUACAAAGCCGAUCAUAGCCAGCUGACUUAUCUGCAGCUCCUGUCUGUAGCAGCGGUCCAGAACGUGACACUACACUGCCGUAACACCGUCGGAUACUACGACCCUGGAGCGAAGAACCACAAACGGGGUCUGAAACUCCUCGCUUUCAACGACGCCGAGAUCCUACCUAAAGCCAAUAACAGGCUGCGGUACAAGGCCCUGCUUGAUGAGUGCCAGCACAAGUCUCAGGAGUGGGCCAAGACUACUGUGGAGUAUGAGACAGACAAACCAAACCGUCUUCCGUUACUAGAUGUCGCUGUGAGGGAUGUUGGAAGGAAGGACCAAAUGUUCCGCAUUGAGCUUGGACUAGCCUGCUUCAGAUAAACGCAUGGCAGCCAUUUUGUAUAUUUCAAAAAAAAGAUUUUAAUAUAUUUACUAAAAUAAAUAUAUUGCUCGAUACCCAAAGUGAAUAUCAAUGUGGUAACAUAUGAAUAAUAUGUAUAGUAACUCUCACCACAAAGUUUUUUAACAACUCUUGAAUUUUGGUAGGUAUAUUCUCUUGGACACUAUUAAAUAAUCAUACAACUUCGGUUGACGAAGUGCUUACUAACCCUAACUUAUCAUAAACUAAAUGUUAAGUUAAUCCAUUUUAAGUAAGUACAAACUUUCCUUAUGAAAGUAUAAAUUAAUUAUUAUACUAAAGAGUUUUAAGUAUUGUAUUAAAAAUAACAUUAUAUAACAUUAUGUUAUUUUCUAAUUAUUUUAACAAAAAUAUAACAAGUACAAAUAUUGCUAAUUUAAUACUUUACCAUUGUAUAAAGUUAUUAAUAUAAUAUCUUUGUUAAGCUUUACUUUUAUAAUGACUAUCCUAUUUAAGAAUCUCAUAGAUAUUAAUUUAAGUAUUAUUGUAUAAAAUCGCCACAACUUAGCACUUAAGAAAGUACUUAUACAUAUUACUAUUUACAAAGGUUCAAAGGCUGUGUAUAAUUAUUAUUGUAAGUAAUACUUUUUAAGUUUAUCUAGAAUAAAAAUAUAAAAUAAGAAGUUUUACAUUGAACAAAUUUUGUAUUUUUUAAAUAAUAAAGGUUUAUGAUUAUA